AGGAGCUCCGUGGGAAAGGCAAUGCGGGCGGCCGCCUUUGCUGACUCGGAUCCCAGCAUCAUGAACGUGUCACUUGCCUACCUCCACUUUGCAGGAGGGUACCUGCCAUCUGACUCCAAGUCCUGGAGGACCAUCAUCCCGACUCUCUUGGUGGCUGUGUGUCUGGUGGGCUCCUUGGGGAACCUAUGUGUGAUCAGCAUCCUCCUUCAUGGUGUUUGGAAAAGAAAGCCAUCCACGAUUCACUCCCUGAUUCUGAACCUCAGCCUGGCUGACAUGUCUCUCCUGCUCUUUUCUGCACCUGUCCGAGCUACAGCAUACUCCAAAGGUGUUUGGGAUCUAGGCUGGUUUAUCUGCAAAUCCUCUGACUGGUUCAUCCACACAUGCAUGACAGCCAAGAGUUUAACAAUUGCUGUAGUUGCCAAAGUGUGCUUCACGGACGCAAGUGACCCAGCCAAGCAAGUGAGCAUCCACAGCUGCACCAUCUGGUCAGUGCUAGCGGCCAUCUGGCUUGUAGCCAGUCUGCUUCCUCUGCCAGAAUGGUUCUUCAGCACCACCAGACAUCACGGAGGUGUGCAAAUGUGCCUGCUGGAUGUGCCCGCUGCGGCUGAAGGAUUCAUGUCAAUGUUUGGUAAGCUCUACCCUCUCCUGGUGUUUUGCCUUCCUCUACUGCUAGCCAGCUAUUAUUUCCGGAGAGCUUAUGGCCAAUGUAAAAAACGAGGUACAAAAACACAAAAACUGAGAAACCAGGUGCGUUCAAAGCAACUCACAGUGAUGCUGCUGAGCAGUGCGGUCACCUCCGCUCUUCUGUGGCUCCCCGAGUGGGUAGCCUGGCUGUGGGUAUGGCAUUUGAAGGCUGGAGGUCCACUGCCACCACAGGGGUUUAUAGCCCUGUCUCAGGUCCUGAUGUUCUCCAUUUCUACAGCAAACCCUCUCAUUUUUCUCAUGAUGUCUGAAGAGUUCAAGGCAGGCUUGAAAGGCAUAUGGAAAUGGAUAACCAGAAAGCCCGCAGCUGCCUCAGAGGGUCAGGAGGUACCAGCUCGAAACACAGAGGUCCUUCCUGACCAGGCUCCGUCUCCAGAGUCCCAAACAUCCAUUCAAGAGACAGACAGACCUGAUUUAACCAACUCCAGCCAAGAGAAAAGUGACAAGACAGUGAUUCCCAUCCUCCCUGAUGUUGAGCAGUUUUGGCAUGAGAGGGACGCUGUCCCUUCAACACAGGACAAUGACCCUACACCCUGGGAACAUGAAGACCAAGAGACGAAGGGCUACAAUUGAUGGACUUAAGUUUCAAAUAAAAACAAACUGUGAUUAUUGUAUUUAUUUGUACUGUUACUUAGCCAUAUUGCUGACUUAAAAUUACCAUUAUAAAUGACAAAGAUGUCUUUCUGCAUUUCCAAACUAUACAUACAACCUGGUAAGUAGAUUGGCAUGUGUGAUUAUGCUUCAGAAUUCUGUCUAAAGAACUCACUAGAAGUGUUAUGUAAAGAAAGCUAUGUCAAAGUGAUUAUUGGGCUCACAGUAGCAUUUCCCCCAAGGUAUCCCCUAAAUAUAGGCCUGUACUGCACUGGCUAGAGAAGUUUAUCAGACUGAGCCCACAUAACUCUAUAUUCUUCCUGAAACUGCGAGCCCCAAGUCAGCAAAUUAUAUUUCACCUAAGUAUAGUUCAAAAUCUACAUCUACUCUGGCUUUCAAAAAUUGUAAAUUUUACUUGUUAUCAUUUGCUUAGUAUAUGUUAAUAUACUUGAUGAAAAGUCCAUAGAAUUUUCCUGAGCAAAACUUACAAAAUAAUGAAUACUUCUUCUAUUCUGGGCUAAUUUCAAACCAUGGCUAUCUGGGACCCAAGUUUAAGUAAAUUUGCCUUACAGUAUAAAAGCUAUUUCAAUCUUUAAAAAUAUACCUGAAUGAGUUUUGGAUUCAAAGUCUGAGAAUAUCAGUAGCCUAACAAGAUAUUCUGUAUAAUAAUACAGAGAAUUUUCAAGCUAAUGUCCCUUCUCUUCCAAAACAGAAUAUUCUUCCACAAGCUGAAAUGUAUUUUCCUUGAUUCUCUCUGUUCUCUAAGGUAGACUGUAAUCCAAAGCUAAUGAUACUUUAACUAUUGAUUAAAGGCAAGCACAAAGGAGAACGACGGGGCUUUCCGUGUGUCAUCAAACUUGAAUACCCUCAAAUUUCAAAAUAUUGCAGGGCUUCUAAGAUAUAAGACAAUCAAGUGUAACAAAGUGUGGACCAGCACACACGAGAGACAGACAAAGCCCAGCACACAGUUAACACAGACUUUAGGAAACAGAAUGGUCACAAGGACAAUGCAAAGCAAAGGGCGAUAUAAGAAACACUGAGUCCCUCGUGUCAGACUGAGUAUAGAAGAAUGCAGCACAGCCAGUAAAACAUCAUCACGCAUUCUCCCCCUUAAAAUAUAAGAAGCAGCAUAUAUUUGUUUUGUCAAUGGAACUUUGGGCUUUUUCCACUGCUGGGUACCUCUGAGAAUAAAAAUGCCUCUAAAAUACGCAACGGAGAAGUCUGGAGAAUAUUAUGCACAGUACAAGCAACUGUCAUAAAAGGUUGUGGUUUUCAACACAGCAAGAUGAAGCUGCCUUCUUUUACACUUGUUUCAGUAUAAAUUGUAUUUGAAGCUCCCAUAUUCAAAUAAAUACUAGUUUAGCCCAAGAAUCCAGAAUAAACGCUUUGUGAAUCCCUUACAUGAAGAGUUGCCACUGAAUCUGAGAAGCAGGAAGUUAAGCUUUUGUUUUAUAGACACAUAUGUAGAAUGUAAGCUCCAAGUGUAUGAAAUCUUGUAAAGAAAUAAAAGCAAUGCUUUACUUCUGACAGGUGUU